AUGAGCAUCACCGUACACAUAAAGUCGGGCCAGAACAAGUGGGAUGUCGCCAUCGACCCCAGCAGCACAAUCGCGCAGUUCAAGAGCGCCAUCGCGGCGCAGUCUGAAAUCGCGCCCGAGAACCAGCGCCUCAUCUACUCGGGCAAGAUUCUCAAGGACGACCAAACCGUCGAGUCCUACAAGAUCCUAGACGACCACUCGGUACACUUGGUCAAGUCGGGCGGUUCCAAGAAGGCUACGUCCCCCGGCGCCACGGCUGCCGCCUCAGGGGACGCCACCGCGACUGGCGCGACAAGCACCCCCGCGGCGCAGCCCCAGCAGAGCGCUCCUGCCAACCUCUCCACGGGACAGGGCAAUGGCUUCAACCCGCUAUCAGACCUCACCAGCGCACGCUACGCAGGCUUCCUGAACCUGCCCUCCGCAGACUCGUUCGGCCCUGACGGCGGCAUGACCAGCGCCCCAAACUCGGACGACGUGCUCAGGAUGCUUGAGAACCCUGUGAUGCAGUCGCAGAUGAAUGAAAUGUUAAGCAACCCUCAGAUGAUCGACUUUCUGAUUCAGCAGAGCCCACAGCUGCAAAGCAUGGGCCCACAAGCACGCACCCUUCUUCAGAGUCCCUUUUUCCGCCAAAUGAUGACCAAUCCUGACAUGAUCAGACAGAGCAUGCAGUUUUCGAGCAUGCUGGGUGGCGACUCCGCUGCCGGCGGCGGCUCCUCAUUCCCUGCACCGGGCACUCCCGCGGAGGCUGACGCGCCCAGCCAGCCUGCCGCCAACCCCAGCGCUGCACCCAGCGCUGGUACCGCCAACCCAUUCGCAUCUCUUCUCGGUGGCCAAGCAGGAGCCUCCGGCGCUUCACCUGCAGCCAAUCCCUUCUUGUCUAUGCUAGGAGGCGGCAGUGCGGGCACCCCUCCUGCCCUAGACCCUAUGGUUCUCUCAUCUAUACUCGGAGGCGCCGGCGCGGCAAACCAGCAGCCACAAGAUACAAGACCUCCUGAGGAGCGCUACGAGCAUCAGCUCAGACAGCUGAACGAUAUGGGCUUUUUUGAGUUUGACAGAAACGUAGCCGCCCUGAGACGAAGUGGCGGCUCCGUGCAAGGGGCCUUGGAUGCGCUACUGAAUGGUGACGUUUAA